AUGGAUGUCCCGAAUGACUGGCAGAUCGAACAAGCACAUGUUGCCUGGGAUGAUCUGGCUGAUCAAAGCAACCACCAACCUCAACAUAGCACUCAAACUGCUCAGCAAAGCGAGGCCCAACCGCAAUCUCAGUCCCCACAUACUCAUCAUCUUCUUGGUAUAGCUACUCACUUGGCCCUCGAAGAGCCAUCACCCGCACCAGCCCCUCUAUCAAGCUGGACGGGUCCUUCCUUCAACAAAGGAAACAAUUUUUAUGGUGGCCAUUUGCCGAAACUUCUACCAACAAAGGAUGUCGAACAGACUCGGCUGUUUGAGCUCUAUCGACUGCAUAUGGUGUCCUUCGAACUCAAUCAGGGGGACACUCUUGUGUUUAUCGACUAUCCUGUCCAUCAUAAAGGCGUUCUCGACUACACCGACUGCAAUGGCAUAGUCUAUAAGUCACAGAAGUUUCAAGUUCACUCGAGCAAGCUGCUCGAGACCGGUUCUCCCAAAUUCGCUGAACUUCUUGGCCCUACAUACCAAUUCAAAAUCCAACGCCGUCGUAAGAUGGUCAACAAACUGCCCGACGGUAUCAAGUAUUUGCUUGAUCUGACUCCACCCUCGGAAGGAGAUGAGUUAGUGUUCCAGAUGACCGAGCUGUCUCUAACUCCUGGGAUCAUUAAAUGGUGGAGCUCACAUAUUCUUAAUGGCGUUGAUCCAUUCUUAGUUUGUGGCCAUGAUGAUAUUUGUAAGUGCAACAGACAGCCGAAACGCGCAGAAAACAACAAAGAUAUCGACGCAAAUUCCGAGCAUGACAGCACAACACCCACUGAGGCGAACGCAAACACCGGCUACAGGCUUAAAUCACUGAAGCUUGAUCCAGAGCGUGCGCUACAGCUGAAAGCAACGAAUAAAAAUGCGUACGAGACACCUCUAUAUCGGCAAAUUCCUGAUUAUUGCCCAAUUCGCCACCGAAAUGGCAUCGUGAGGCUGCUCAUGUUGAUCGAAGGCAAAGGAUGUAUCCUGGAUUCGGCCCCGAGAUUGUUCACCAUCUUGAAGUUGAGUUGCCUCUUCGAAUGCAGCUCCAUGCUUACCGACCGUGUUACCCAAUGGAUAAUGCACGGCCAGAACACUGCUUUUAUUGAGGUCUUGCCCGAGGAAGCCUUGCAAAUUGGGUCUCUGCUCAAGAUUCCUUCUGUAAUGGACUCUGCUUUCAGGAUCCUCGUCAACGAGCUCGCCCUCAAACUGGCUGACACCAACCCAGCGAACAAUAAUGCCCACAGCCAGACGACGAUAUUUGGGAGACGACUGGGCCAACUUCCCGAUGAACUCAGCAACAUUGUGCAGCAUGGGGCACAAGCACUCGUCGAUAGAGUAUCAGAAAUCAACAAGACCUACACGAACCCAAAUUUGUUCGCUUCAUGGGACAUUGAUGAAUGGGCCAAGCUGCAAGUAACCGAGCAGCUCCUUGAGCAGGAAAACAGCCCUUUGAGCCAAAUUGCUUUGGGAAAGCUUCGUCUUCUCAUGAGUGCUCUGACUCGCGAAUUUACGCACGCAUGGGAGGAGGCGAUAGAAUCAGCACCAGUGGAUAGUCAUUCAACAUACAACGGAAUAGACCGAGACCGCCUGACAUACGUGGAACCCAAGGAUUUUGACAAUAUGACUUGCCUCAUGAUGUUGUUUAAUCCGAUUCAGAUGCUACUCUGUGCUGUGCCCUACAAUGAUCUCGGUGUUGAACUGGAUAAUCAAAGAUGGAAUCACAGCAGGUGCAAACUGGAUGGAUACAAGCACAAAUCAUACAGCGGCCUUGUGCAAGAAGCAACAGACGCCCUCGACGACUUUCUUGCAUGCACGCCGGGGCUAUCCAACAAUCUGUUAUGGAGCCGUAUUCUUACACUCGGAGACCGCGAAUUCCCAGAAAUGGGUACGCGUCCUUCACGCAUACCUAUCGUAUCACUAAAUACCCUUGAAGCUGCCGUGAAAGAUAGGCUGAGGCCGCUAACUCUUUCGUGGAGACGAGAAAAUUUCUGGCCUCCUCUCAACUUGACCCGCCAUUUACUCCUCACUCUCACCGAAAACGAACUCAAAUACCUUCCUCUGUGGUGUGGAGGUAAUGAUGACGGAAGCGGAGGCGUAUUUGGGGACGCAAUUCCCUCAGCAGACUUGCUGGUGGCACCCAAUGGCCCUGGACCUAGUUUCCAUACAGGUCACACGAUAUCAACCCCUUCGAGUGUCUGUGGUUCCAUCAUCGAGGACAUGGAUGCGCUACGAGUCUGGGGUAGUACGUCCGCUGCUUCAAUGACCCAAGAUAGACGCAUCGCGUUAGAGUCUUCUUUUACCCUUGGUGAGUCUGAUGUUGAGUUCACGGACGCCAGAUACGCCAUCCCCGCGGACCAUCAGACAAUGGGCGAAGCGGUCAACAUGACGGUCGAGACAACCGACUCCGAGUCAGCGUCCGCAAUCGAAGCCUUGAGCUCAAAAAGAGAUGACAGUGAUGAUGAUGACUGCAUGUGGGACUCUGAUGACAGUGAUGACACGAUUGCCUAA